AUUCCCGUGAUGCAGUGCGUGGCGACGUCAUAGGGCGCAUAUUUUUUGAAUCCGGCACCAUCAUGAGUAGCUGUUCGAUUGAUUCUCUCCUUCCCGGUGAUAAGGAGCCGUCUAUGCCCGACGAAUGGCGACUGUAUAAGCUGGCUACGCGGCUCAGGACAUUCUCUAACUGGCCAUUUACCGAAGAUUGCGCUUGCACCCCAGAGCGGAUGGCAGAGGCUGGAUUUGUUCACUGCCCCAGUGACAACAGUCCAGAUGUGGUUAAGUGUUUCUUCUGUCUUAAGGAACUAGAAGGUUGGCAGCCUGAAGAUGACCCUAUGGAUGAACACAAGAAACAUUCUCCAAGCUGCUUAUUCAUUGCACUGAAAAAGAAAGCAGAAGAACUGACACUGAGCGAGUUCCUGAAACUGGAUUUGGAGCGUACAAAAAUCAAAAUGCAAAAGCAGAUGAACCUGCGCAUUGAAUGUUUCCAGGCAAAAGCAAAUGAGGUGCGGGGUCACUUGGAGCAACUUGAUGCUGAUGAAACACAGUGAUGUUUUCUUUUGUUGUAUUUUAUUACUGAAUUUAUAUAUUCCCUGGCUAUAAAAACUGUAUAUUGCUUUUUAUAAAACAAUCCACGCUUACCUUGUAUAUACUCCAUUAACAGAUUUUUUUUUUUAAACUGCGAACUACACACCUGUAAUGUAUAUAUGUUUAUUACAGAAUAAUUCAUAACCUACCCCUUGCCAUUCAAGAAGCAUGUAUCUUUGUCAAAUACAUAUGAUUUUAAAUGUCUCUAUGCUUGGAAUGUUUUUAUUGUUAAGGAUGGGCUAUUAUAAUGCACUCCUGUCUUACAUGGAACCGCCAGGUUAAUAAACUGCACGAGACAA